AUGGAUCCCGAGACGGUGUCUUCUGAAUCGCCGCCGCCGCGAGAAGCACCAGACGGUUCCCAUGCAUUCGACUGCAACAUAUGCUUGGAUCAUGUCAAAGAGCCCGUGGUCACGUUGUGUGGCCACUUGUACUGUUGGCCCUGCCUCUAUCGAUGGAUAUGUAGCAACAGCCAAUGCCCGGUGUGCAAGGCAGGCGUGACACAGGACAAUGUCAUCCCCGUGUAUGGCCGCGGGUCGAAUUCUGUCGAUCCAAGAAAACAAAGCGUGCCGCUUGACGUCGGAGUUCCUGACCGUCCGAGGGGACAACGACCUGAACCAGUUCAACGUCGGGGGCGCUUUGCGCCAGAACAGGACUCGACACAAGACGUGGGCUUUUCGCCCAUGAUCGGCUUCUUCCCUUCCCUCUUUGGGCUUCAAUUCCAACAUGCCACGCAUUCCCCCGUCGCGGACACAGGACCGGUGUCAGAGGCGGAAGCCCAGCAGCGCGUGCAGCAUGUGUUCUUGUCGCGGUUUCUGCUGUUGUUGGGCACGUUGGUCAUGUUGAGUUUGAUCGUUUUUUAA